UGAUUUAUAGAUUCAAGGAUGAUUAGCACUAUUGUCUAACUAAGAGGUAAAAUUAACGUGUUGAGAUUGUAGAAAGCGAAUAAUAUAACAUUCUUUUUUACAUAUAGAGUCAUUAAAUAUUUUUUGAAUAUGAGAAGAUAUAUUAGUAUCCGUAAUAACAUACAUGGCUAAUCAAGCUGGUUGGUUACUCACAAAUGUCCCGUAUAGGCCUACCAUAUAAUAGAUGAGACCCCACUACUUUAAAUUAGAUUUAAGUAAUUUUUUUUAGAUCUAUUUAGACUGUACAGCUUUCCCACCUUGGAGAAUACCCAUGUUGUCACGCACUUGUAUAUCUAUUUCUUGAAAAUAAACUCAUCAAAUUGUCACAAGGUUCACGUCUUUUGGGGCAUCGAAAUAACAUAUUUCGAAGCUAUGGCUUUAGCAUUUGAAAUAUUAUGGACCUAAAUUCGGUGUUAUACGCACUAUAAUGCAUUAGCAUGCUUUCCAGUUUCGUGGAAGUAAAGCCAAAUUCCUCUGGCUUUAACCAUGCCGUCUCACCCAACCGAAUUUAUUGUCUAGAGUUAUCUCCCUUGGAUGCCGUUAACUCAUUUGUGAUUGUCUAAGGAGAUGGCGUGUUGGUACUUAUAUCAAUUACAGAAAAUAAACACAAGCCAUAGGUUUGGGGAAUGUUUGGGUUUUCUGUUCUGACGGCGAAUGGUAGAAUCAUCAAUACACCCAAUUAUAAAUGUAAAAUGCACACAAGUCAUGCAGUGUUUUCAAGACAUGAACCUUUGUGAGUCCAUGAAUAUUUCCCGUUUUUGUUUCAAAGGACAGUUCGUUGUAUGACAAACAGGAAUGAAUCAGAAAACAUUUUCUUUUUCUCCUCUUUAUUGGCUGCUAAGUAUUUAGGAGGAAUGGUGAUUUUCAUUUUUCUAGAGUAAUUUUCAAGCAGAUUGUCAUUUACUCAACUGAUUUCUGCACGAUUGACUGUACUUUUUUAAUUUGUGCAAGAUAUGAAAGCCUACAUAUGCUAUACACAAGAAGGACAGAAAUCAUUUUGAUUAUAUUACGUGGUGUUCAAUUGUAUGUUCAUAUAUGGCUACAGUUUUGGUUGCAUUUGUUUCAUCAAACUAUAAGUUGACUCUACCGAGAGAAAAAGUAUGACCUCACAGACAAAGUUGUCAAACUAGUAGGUGGGAUGACAUUGGCAUCUUUAUAUGGUCAAGUGGGUCUGUACAUUUCCUUGUAUGGGUAUUUCAGUGUAAUUGUGCUUCUCCACACCCGGAUUUAGUCUUAAUAGUUCAGCCUGUAUUCCUAUGCACAGGUAUACAGCUCACCCGCAUGGGAAAACCUGCCUGUGUAUAUGUAUAAGGGUGGGACCUAUUCAGUUUCCAAAUCCAGGUUAUAGUUGUCAGUUGUUUGUAUGGGUGAGCUUAUUGAUCGAUUUUAGGGGUUGUGACCAGAUCUGUUUAUUCCAUCUUGAUUGCUAGUCAAUUAAUUAGUGUGCGUAAUGCGCUCUCAGAAGCCGACUGAUUACCGCAAAGAACAGACCAGGGGUUCUCCUGCUUUCCUGAUUCUGAGCUUGUCCCUGGGGGGUGCCUUCCCUGUUUUUUCGUAUCUGCCCCUCCCCAAAACUUGGUCUAUCCCGCCAUAUUGUCCCUAUGUAGGCCAAAUACCUGUUGGGUAGGGUCUGAACAUGCCUGCUCCUGUCAAGUAAAAGCCUUUUAAAGCUCACCGAACUAAAGUGCAUCACACAUUUUAACUUCAUCUCCUGAAAAGUUACACCUCACGGUACAACAUGUCUGGCUUGGUAGACCUUGACGAGAUCGUACGGCUUUGGGCCAAAGACAUGUACGAAAGAACUAGAGGUAAAGACCUUCCAAAACUACAGGACGUCGGCCUGACCGUUAACUGGUCACAUGUCAAGUUCAUCUCCGGAAAGCCGGACUACGCUGAGCGUAGCAAGAUUCCACGACAAAACGGCACCGUGUUGUUUCGAUCCACGUACUUGAACAAGACAGACGCUCCCCAGGAGCAUUCGUUCCGCACAGAGAGGACCACGUGUUCGUCUUACACGACCUGUGUGUCUAAAGGCUACACCAAGGGGGUUAAUCUGGAACUAAAGCUGGCCCUCCCGGACGAGCUUGUGUCUGCAACAACGAGCUUUGGUCGGGAGGUCACAGUGGAAAGUACGGAUGAGGAGACCAAAGAAGAGACCCUCACGUGGGGAGUGGACAGUACCAUCAGAGUCCGGCCUAAGUACAAGGCCACCGCUGAGGUUGUCGUGGAAGAGGAGGAGUUCACGGCGAGCUUCGUGAUGAGGGUUCGAAUACGGGGCAGAAUCAGUGUGGCUUUCACAAACCCAAAAGACAACAAUGCCUUAGUGAAACUCGUGGAAAAUGACAUUUCAGCCGUUAUGAAAUACGCACAGGAAGACGGCAAAAAGGGUUUCGUAAUUCAAGGCAAAAACGUUUUGUGGGACGUGGAGGGAAAGUGUAGUUUUAGAUACGGCAUUGAACAGAAUGUGCAACUUCACGAAACGCCUCUCGAAUGAGAGAAUGUGACGUUACCAGAUGUUGUGAGUGCCUAUAUACGCUGAUGUAUAGCAAAAUGUUGUAUCUCAGCCGUACUUUUGUGUAAAGGAAUAGCCCACUGUACACCCCCUUUGGAUGAGACGCAAUACUGCAUACUAGUGCAAUAGAUUUAGCUUUAAUAUAUCAACGCUUCAUCCAUAUUAUAGUGUUUGUUAGAGCUGGUUCAACAUGUCUAGGCUAAGCAGACUCUGUGUGCUGACUUCAACAAUUACACCUUCCCCAACAUGAUUUAGAAUUUCAACUCCAGAUCUGUUUUAACAAACAAAAGAAUAAAACACUUCAUAAAAAUUCAGAUUUUAAUUAUUUAAUACCAACAUGUCUGAUUUGCUGAAUUUACCUGUGUAUUAAUAAGUUUCUCAAUAAAAUAACUCAUUAUUUUUUAAGUGAGUUUAAGAGGAAACAUUAUCAACACAUGUACUAUAAACUGUCAGCAAUAACUAUCUCAUUUUGCAUAUCACAUGUCCAAGAUAAUCCAUGACCACUGCGCAUGAGUACAUAUGGAUACUGAUGAAAGAGAAUCCCGCGAACUUCUACCAAGUCCCUUAUCAAUACUUGUCCAACAGAAAUCUGCUUAACGACAAAGUGUAUAAAAUUGACAACAGUAAUGAAUACAGGCCUAACAUUUUCAAAUAAACCAAAACGAAUAACAUCCAUCAACUGGCUUUUCAACUGAGUAAAUAAUCUAUGAGUAUAUUAUUGCACCUGAAAGGCUUAACAGUUUUGCUGCAGAAUCAGUUUAUUUAAAGUCAGGAAGAAAAUGAAUCCAGCAUCAUGUUAGGUUCAACAAAUAACAACUACAAAGACUACAGAAUGCCAGAGCGAAUAAAGCUACCCUGGUGUUUUUGUACCAUAAAAAAAUGGCUACUAUAAAAACGAAUAUAAAAUACAAAUCAGUGUGUAAUGUUGUACACAUAAAAAGUAUAAUCUGUAAAAGAAUCUAGAUGAUGACAUGAUCAGUUAUGUGUAAACCAUCAUUGUAUAACAAGUGACAAAAUGACAAAACUUGCAAGAGACCACUCAUAGGACAGGGAUAAGCAUAAACCAUAUGAAAGUUUGGGUAAAAGGAAGCCUAAUCUAAGAAUGAGCAGUGUCUAGAAUUCCUAGAUGUAUGUGUGACUACGUUCCUUCUUCCAUAUCUUCUUCAUCCUCAGCUUGCUCUAGACCAUACUCGGACAACUUGGCUGCCCAGGAUUUUGACACUUUUUUGUGAAGAAUCAAAACAACUUGCUCCUUUUUAACCUACAGAAAAAAUAU